AUGGAGGUCCUGGAGGAGAAGGAGGAAGAGGAGCAAAGAGAAGAAGAGCUGAAGGCUUUGGAGAUCAGUGCUAAACUCCCGGACUUGGAGACGAAGCUGUCCAUGGAGCAAAUCUGCAUCCCAAGUGAUGUACCUGAUUUUGACUGGAGCUCUAUUGACACGUCCCAGUUACCGUCCUCGUACAAGACAAAUUCCCUGAAGGAAAAGAAGCUACUGCACAUCGCUGACCAUUUCCUCCAGCAGUACGCUCACCUCUGCCCUGACCGCAAGCCGCUCUUCCUCCACCCGGUCAACGAGUGUGGCGUGGAGAAGUUUGUGAGCACAACGGUGAGGCCAACCCUGCUGCCUUAUACAGAGCUGUACCACUGGGAUGGCUGUGCCAGCUUUGUCUCUGAUUACCUCACCGUGGAGCCCCUCAAGUCCCCUAUCACACCGCCCAGUUCACUCUAUUCCCCAACCACCAUCCUGAAAUACCAGCGAGGGAACUGCUUUGACUUCAGCGUGCUGCUGUGCUCCAUGCUGAUCGGGGCCGGGUAUGAUGCUUACUGUGUGCACGGAUAUGCCACCCGCGAGAUAUGCACCCUGGACGAGACUCUGGAGCUGUGCCCACUGCUCAGGAAGCCACAGGAGGUACCAAAAGAGGGGAUGAAGAAGUCGUCCAACAAGUAUAGAGUUAAGCCCCCACCAGACCUGCACAGCAAGUUUGAGCUUCAGCAGGAGGCCAAGAAGAAGGCAGAAACUGAAGCUGCUCAAAAGAACAAGGAAAGAGAACAGGAGAAGGUCAUGGAACUGGAAAAGCCCAGGCGUGACCCUUUGUAUGGCUUACGGGUGCACGCAUGGGUUUUGGUUCUGUCUGGGAAGAGGGCGGUUCCCGAGACCUUCUUUAUCAACCCCUUCACGGGAAACAGCCACAGCACCAUGGAUGAGCACUUCCUUGGGAUCGAGAGCGUCUGGAACCACAGGAACUACUGGGUGAACAUGCAGGACUGCUGGAACGGCUGCAAGGACCUCAUCUUUGACUUGGGUGACGCUAUCCGCUGGGAAAUUAUGCUUUCGGGGAGCAACAAGCCUCUUCAGCUGCUCCCAGAUGCUGAGGAGGAAAAGGAGUUAUCUGACAGGGACAUGGAUGACAUGCAGGAAAAGGAGGAAGACAUGAGUUUUGACAUGCCACCAUCAUGGGUAGCGCCAAUUCAGAUAUCUCCCAGAGAGUUUGAGACCCGCUGUUCCCAGGGGAGGAAGGUGAUCCUGUACAGGAAAGCAAAACUGGAGAAAUGGGCACCAUACCUGAAUGGAAAUGGGCUGGUGAAACGCCUCACCAUCUACGCAGACUUAGACUGUACUGAAGUAGUGGAGGUGAGGGAGUGGUUCAAAAACCGAGAAGACAUGUUGGAUAUGAGAGAAGUGAAUAAACAAACACAGCUGACCACAGACUACUUCAGCCCAGGACACCUCCUCAAUCUUAAAGCUCACACCUAUACGUCGCUGGAACCAGAGACUGAACAUACGAUGGAGUUUUACAAUGAGGCGCGAGUCGAUGGCCUCCAGAAACGUGUUGAAAAUGCUAACGAGAUGACAGAGUACUUCGUGGGGCGGGAUGACUUCCUGCAUGUCCGGCACAUGGAGUUUGGCAAAAGAGGAAAGAAAAUACACUUGGCUGGCACCAGAACUGACAUUAACUCCCAGCCUAUAGUGCAAAUCAAGGAGCGUUUCCACAGAAACCUAGAAAAGCCUGCUGAUGAAGAUGUAGCAGAACGUAUCUUUCUGAUCACAGAGGAGACAAUCCAUCUGACGUAUCACCUCAAGGAUAAAUACAUUACUGCCUCAAAGAAGGAUUUCUUCAAAGCGUCAGAGAGGGAUAGGAAAGGAAAUGAAAUCGUCAUGACCCCAGAAAUGUGCAUCACAUACCAGGCGGGGUCCUCUGAGAAAGAGAAGAAGCUGCUCCACCUGUACAAAUUGUUGCAGGAGCUAACAGAGGAAGAGAAGCGGCUGAAGCAACAAGUCCGGCAAUCUGAAGCAGAGGUGUUAAAUAUUUUGAAGAUCCCUGAGAAUGAAGAAACUGCCGUUAAAUUGUCAGUUUCAAUUUAUAAUAGAGAGAGGAAUGAAAAGAGAAGACAACAGAAUGAAGCCAUGAAGAACGCAAUGGAGGAUGAGCUCCCAGGACAAGAGGAACAGGAUCUGGAUUACCUGGCACCUUUUCUUAUUCAAAUUGGCUACAGAGAGAAAAUGACCAAGGGGCAGGCCCUGCGCGUCAGAGAUAACUGCCUGACUGAUUUUAAGCGUCGACUCAUUGAUAAAGCCAAUAUCAUCCAGGCCCGCUUUGAAAAGGCGGUGGAAGAGCUGCAGAAGAAGGACCAGUGGUUUCAGGAAAAGAAGAAUCAGCUCAGCGCAGAGGAGGAGGAUGACUUCCUCGCCCGUUACUCUGAAACCAUGUUCCAUAUCCACAUUCUAGCGCUGAGGCUCAACAGGGAAAAGCAGACAGCACCACAGAAAUACCUUGCUCUUGAAGAGAAGCUGCGCAAGGAUCCUCGCCUAGCUGAGCACCUCGGUCAUGCCCGAUUUCUUUAUUCCUUCACACCAGACACUGGAAAUCAGUGCUGA